CGUUCCAAACACCCCUCACUCUUCGUUUUCUAUUCAAUUUUCUCCAUUGAAUUCCCUCAUUUUCAUCUUUGAUUCCCUUUUAAAGAAAUGGGUUUUAGAGUUUGCUGUUGAUACGAUUAUUUACACCCCAAAAUUGCCGACAUUUUCGAAUUGUUUCUUAGUCUUAUAUUGACGAUGAUUUUUCAUGUGAUUAGUUCUCUAAGAUGCUUGAUUUUUGCCUGAAUUUAUUAUGUACCUGCAUGAGCUUUUGAUUUCCAACUUUGUUAUUCAUUUUCUUUAGUUUUUUUUAUCCUAUUGAUAUUCUGUAUCUCACAGUCUAAAUUGGUGUUAAGUUAAUAAUUCCUUCGAUUUUUUUCUACAUAAAUCAGAUUAUUAUAGGCAUGAAAAUUUUCUCUUGGUCCUGAAAAUCGCUUAUUUCAAGCUUAUAAUGACUGAGUUCUUAGUCUCAUUACCUCAGGAUUUUGCAUUCGUGGUGGUUUGUUUGUUGCAAAAGUUUUAGGUUGUAUGGAUAUUGUGAAUACUUAAGUGAUUGGCACUCUUUCAUGCUAGACAGUUUUGCAGGCAUAUGUUGUUUAACGUGAAUACAGGGAAGUAGUCUAAGUACAAAAAGUAUUCAAUUUUAUACAAUUUUGUUGGUAUAUGAAUCUCUGUUACAAGAGAGUUGCACUGGUUUGUGUGAUUGUGUCAUUGACAUACCAUUUGGAAACCCAUGAAUUGGACAAAAUGAACUAAGAUGGAAUUUGUUUAGCCCAAUUCAUUUGCUUGGAAGUUGGAACAAGAAAAAAUUAGGUGAAUUCAAAUUCAAUUCAGGCCCAUGAAUUGAAUUAUUUUAGAAUUUUUGUGAACUGGUCAACAAAGGAUCAUGUCAAAUCAAAUUUGAGAAGAAGAAUCAAACACUACUGCUUUCAUAUUGAGGACAGCAAUUAGGAUUUAAUGAUAUUUUUAACUUUGUUAUUUUUUCAUAAGAGUGUAACUGGUAACGUCUUCUUCUGUUAUUUAUAUAGCAUAGGGCUUAGUUAUGUCGAUUUUGUGCUUGACCUGCAAAUUUUUUGUUGUUUCAAAAGUAAAUUUUCACUGUAACUAUUGUUAGCACCCAGAAGUCCAUUUUCGCUAACUACAUUACUAUCCUUUUUGCCAUAUUUCAUCUUUUUUGCAGGUAAAUUGCUUUGAGAAGAGUAGUAGAUGGAUUUUUUAUUUAAGGGAAUGAAAGAGGAGGCAUCUGAAUGCCCCUUUGAUGAGAAGGACAUUCAGAGAUGUCCAUUUUUGAGGAACAUCAACAAGUCCACUUGCUUUUCCUUCUCUACAGCGAAUUUCCUUGUUCCUGUACGGGAAUCCAAAGGCCCAAUAUUUGAAGACGGUCCCAAUUUUGACACGGCGUUUAGGCUGUUUCAUGGGAAGGAUGGGGUUGUCCCACUCUCAGGGAGAUAUAAUGUUCAUAGUAACAUUCCACAACCUGAGCCUUCACCUCAGUUCAACCCUUUAGCAGCAAAAGCAGCGACCAUAAGUUUGUCAGCAUUUGGACUGGGAGGGGCCGGAGGGCCAUUUGGCUUUGGUAACUUCUCUGAGAAAUGGAAGAAGCAGAAGAAGUCUGAGCCUUCCAGCAAGAGUGAACCCUCUUCUGAGAAAGGAAAUGUAUCAAAACACGAGGCACUGGGAAAUGAUUGGUUAAAAACAGGAAACUGCCCAAUUGCCAAGACCUACAGAGCAGCGAGCCAUGUCCUCCCCCUUGUGGCAACAGUUCUUAAGCCACCACCUGGUAUGAAUCUUAGAUGCCCUCCAGCAGUAGUUGCUGCAAGGGCAGCCCUGGCCAGGACUGCCCUUGUCAAAAACUUACGCCCUCAGCCUCUACCUUCAAAAAUGCUCGUAAUAGCAGCCUUAGGCAUGGCGGUUAACGUGCCCUUGGGCGUUUGGAGGGAGCAUACUCAGAAGUUUUCUCUAUCAUGGUUUGUAGCGGUGCAUGCGGCUGUGCCCUUCAUAGCCAUGCUUAGGAAGUCGGUCUUGAUGCCAAAAACAGCUAUGGCGUUGACUAUUGCUGCUUCUAUCCUGGGGCAGGUUAUUGGCUCAAGAGCUGAGCGGCUCCGACUGAAAGGAGUGGCUGAGAGGGUAACGACAGCAGAUCAAAUAGCAACUGAAAGUAACAUUCUAGGUUUUGACCCAAGCCAGGUCGAUGGCAUCAGAGAUGGUCAUUGUGGUGCAGAAGGAAUAAAGUUCAAUCCACUUACUGUCAAAAGUGAUGGGCCCAGUUCUUCAGCAACUAUAUGUUUCUGAGAGUCACUUCAUGAGCUGGGGUUUGGAGAGAAAUAAAAUCAAGUGCAUUCAGUAUUACUGGCAUAAGAUAAAAAGCAAUAAAAAUUGAACUUCGAAGAUGUACCCUUAAGUAAUACAUGCUAUUUUACAGUAUUUGAUAUGAUGAAUGGUAAUUCUGUUGUGUGCUCA